CAAGUGUUGUGAGGUGGUUUUGAACAUAGUGGCUCGCAGAUCGCCUCUCAAGUUAACUAUAUCGAUACAGUCAUGGUACUUUAGCUGGAGUAAAACGCCAGCCCUAUGACAAAAACCUAAUCAAAUAAUAUGUAAUAUGUAUGUAAUACAUGUGUUAGCUCUUUGAUGAGUGUGUCAGUAGGGAUGGCUUUUGAUCUUCACGAUGUGCCUGUGUCUUUCGAUGAGCUUAACCAAAUGUUCCGUCUCGUCUAUCAGUCCUUAGUUUAAAGCAUCAAAACUGCUGUAAAUUACGGCAUUUAUGUAAGCCUAUCGUUAAUACACAGCUUUAGUCUUUUGUAAACAAUAUAAUAAUUUGAUUAGCUAGUUUGGAAUUCCCCCGUCUUAGCCAAAACUUUUAAAAGAAAACGCGGCAUCUUUUUUUCAGUGAAGUCAUUGAUAACAUCCCGACAGGUAUGCUCCUGUAGGCCUGCAGGUGAAUGUUGAACAUCAUUCAUGUUUAUCGGUGGUAACAUUGAUACUGCAAACAAACUAUAGGCCUACCCUGGCCCAAUCUUCAGGCCUAUGGCUGGUACAGAGAGUGGAUAGCAGCAGUGUAGGCUAUACCGACAUUGCUGCCCAUAGCCAAACCAAAGAAAAUGAAUUAUGAAUGACCUGGAAUAACUUAAUCCAAGGUUAAAUAAAACCUAUAGAAAAGGAAGAACUCUUUUUAGACAGGUGCUCAGGUUUGCCGCCUCAUGAAUAAGUAAAGGAUACGAAGAGUUUCUGGGCCUCCUAAUUAUCUAUGUGGUUUUCAAAAUGUAUAGGUCACGAUAUUGUGUCAAUAUGAUUUUCUCUAAUUGACAAGUGGUGGAAACCAAUAUUGGUUUAUGUCAACGCAUUGAGGUGGCAAGAAGGCCUACAUCAGUACGUUGUGCAAGUGUACCAGACUAUGACACCGAAGGCGACGAGUCAUUCUUUGUUCUGCAAGGAAUUUCCAUAACACCGGCGGCAUCAAGAUCUGCACUUGUUCACUCUAAACAUUGGCCUACCGGUACUCUUCCUGUCUGUAUAGCAAGUUAUUCCUGUCACACACUUGUUCACCGUGAGUGGUGGUCAGCAUGCGUCCAACUGAGUGAACCAACAAAAUACAACCGCUCUGCCAAUACAGAAUAUAGCUUGACCUGGAUAGUACAGAUUUAUGGUGCCAUUAUCUAAUCCUACAGCCAUGAUUCCGGAUAAUUGUACUUUAUGCGCGAAAUAUCAGAACCACAUUCAUGUGUCUGUCUUAUUAGCCGUGUUGAUUUUGGAUGAUGAUUCCAUUAACUCAUCCAAAAAGUUGUUGACCUGAUUUAUACAAAUAUGUGAAUUUCGUUCACGUUGGCUCACAAGCCUCUAGAGCAAUGGAUGGAACCAUCCAGAUCAUGCUGAAGCUCUGCUGAGGCUGCAGCUCAUGCGGUCCAGAUUGUUCUGAGGAAAUCGACAAGGAGUACCAGCGUUCGCCUAACGAUGUUGGUGCCUACAUAAAUGGGUGCGAUGGAGUUUUCGUGGCUAUGGCUUGCAAUCGUCGUCAGUCUCGCUGUGAUCUCGUCGACAGAUGGCGCAACGUGCAACAGAACGAGAACUAUAAACAUUGCUGUCGUUUACUAUGAUGAUGUCUACACAGCCGAGGACUGGCCUGCAAACUUCCCUCAGAGGCGCUUUGAGAGAUCUGAGACGGUUCCCAUCGAGGCUAAAGGGGGCGCCUGCUACAUCCUUAAGACAACAUUACGUCACAUCCUACUGGCCAACAUUUCAUUUGUAUUUAGUGAGCCGGAACUGCAUUCCAUUCGACAGUUUGAUAUUCUCAUGGGUCCAUUUUCUCGCAUCGUCGAAAAUCUCGCGUUAGCCGAGAAAAAGUUGUACUUGAUUACCUCUCCGGUCGAUCUCAGUUUUGAGGACAGGGUCACUGGAUCACGUGACACGAGAUUCUUAUUUCCCAUUUGGCCGCUUUGGUCCGAUUUCCUGAAAUUAAUGAAAGACUAUAUAUCCCACAUUCGUCUGGAGGAGAAGGUGACACGCAUUCAUAUAGUUUAUGGCGGGACGUCCGAGAAUAUUAUAUACGCUGCCCAGAAUCUACAUUCCAUGCUCAGCGAGGGUGCCUUGUUCGACUACGUUGGGUUAUCCUACUUCAUGAGAUACGACCCAAGAGAACCCCUCAAACAGGAGAGAAGUAACAUUCAGGGCCUAGUCAAUCCCGUCAUGCAGGAGGCCUGGCUUAUUAGUGACGUCAUAGAGAAUCGGGAAGCAGACCUUGUGAUUGGUUGUUUUGAUUUGGAGGAUUUGACCCCCAUUAUGAAACUGUUCGGCGACAAACAAGUGGACUUAGACCGAAGCAACCUGAAGUGGUUCAUCGCCAACAUGCUUUACACAUCAAGUUGGGAGCGCUUCUCCGACCUUGGCUUCGACUACUCUGCUGUGAGGGCAGCCAGUUAUUCCCGGGCCAAAUUUGGUCGUGGGGUCAACCGGCUUGCCGCUGAGGAUACCUUGAAGGCGUUGACGGUGGCCCUGGAAUCAUUGGACAAUCAAGACAAUCUGACAAGCGCAACAAUCGGGAACGCCAUGGGACAAGUUAAUAUCACGGACGUUAUGAUCGGAGGGAAGAUGGAGUUUGAUGAGAAUAACUACAGGACAGGGUACUUAGUGACGGUCCGAAACAUGUGCGAGAGCCUGGUUUGCUCUCGACCGCAAGGUACUUGGGUCAGUCAGGGCAGGGAUAACCCCGGGCAAUAUCGUCACAUCGGCACUCACAUCACCGAGGCAACAAAGGUCGUCGCCGUGUUGGAACACCCGUUUGUGAAUACCAAGAAGGAUCGCCUCUCCAGACUGAAAGGCAAUGAACGCUACGAGGGCAUCCUCGUGGACAUCCUGCAAGAGGUGGCCAUCAUACUCCUCAGGCAGGGCAAGCGCUUUGACUACGAGAUCUACGAAGUGCCUGACCACAAGUAUGGGGUAAGGCACCCCAAUGGGACCUGGGAUGGCGCCUUUAGAGAAAUCAAAGAUAAUCGAGCCACUCUAGCAGUGGGGAUGAUCUCCAAAACAAAAGAACGGAUGACGGAAUUCCAGUUCUCUCCCGGGUUCGCCUUCACUGGUAUAACCUUCAUCGUCCACAAACAGGAGUUGAAGAACGUCUACUUCCAGUUCCUGCGUCCGUUCGAGAUGCGAAUCUGGGGAGGGAUAGUGGCAGCUUGGUUAUUCUCGUCCCUACUGAUUUACACCUUCCAUAGAUGGGACCCAUUCAAGGACAAUUUACCGUUGAAGAAGAAGAAGAAACAGGAGCCUGUAGACGAGGACGCACCGAAUUACACAGACGACAGAUUCGCACGUGACGAGAGAUACAAUUUGAAGGAAAGUUUCUGGUACAGUUACCUAACUCUGGCGCAGCUUGGGACGCCAUUCGCAGCAUACUCAUACCCAAUAAGGAUAUACUCAGUGUUUUACUGGUUCUUUGCUCUUAUAGUCGUCGCCUGCUAUACAGGAAACUUAGCAAGUUUUCUCACCGAGAGCAUAUUUUUUCAUCCGCAUUUAACUAUAAAGGAACUCCUCAAGGAAGGAUAUGACUUUGGUUGGAUGAAAAGUACGAGUAUUGAGAAAUUCUUUGUUGACAGUCCGAUUUGGGAGUAUCAGGAGAUGAACAGGGAGUUGCGCAGACGGAAGACCUAUGCUGCCUCCUAUAAACAUGGGUUGGCCAUGAUCAAAGAGAAUACGAACUUUGUCUUCAUUGCGACGCAUCUUUUAUUGUCUUACUACGAGGGCAUGGAUGAGAACUGUACCCUCCACGUGAGCCAAGAGCGGCUGGAUAUGACCGAGCUGGCAUUUCCAAUGAGAUCGGAUUGGGCUCUCCUGGAAGAGUUCAAUGCGGCCAUGAUGGAAUUAAGAGAAGCGGGACAUAUACGAAGCAUAUUUAAUAAAUGGCUGACGUACGCCAGCAAAUGCAGCCAGGGGGAAGAUGACGAUGAUGAUUCCAUUAGUUUAGACUUCGACAGUUUCAUCGGACUUUACGCGGUGCUCGCUGGGGCCAUUCUAGUCUCCGGGGUGAUCCUGGUCAUCAAAAUCAAAUAUGGUCAUCUGAGUUUCUUUGCCGUUGUCAGAUUGAUCCUGGACCGACGCACCUCAGCUUAGAAAGAAAAGAGACAGACUUGUACAGUUAUCAGUCAAAGUUCCAAAUCAUGGAACGGAAUAACGAAGGAACAAUUUGAUAUAUUCGAGGGUGAUCAGGAUUGACGAUUUAUACGAUAUACAUGUACUGACAAUGACAGUUAUGUGGUUAACUUACUUCGUGACCUUGUGAUCUAUGAAUAGUGUUUAUAACCACCGAACUCUUUUGACUAGUUGUGUUACAAUUUGCAUAUUUUAUGUAUUAUGAUGGGGACAUCAAUUAUCGUUUUUGAGGGCAGUGUGACGAUAAUUAUUAUUUCUGUGUUCGUCUAGUUGGAUAAUGACUCUAAGUAUAAAACUAGACAAGGAAUGAGGAUAUCUUAGAGAACUUACUGUGUCGAAUGCAAAGAGAUGGGUAAUAGACUGUAUUGCACUGAUGUUUCACAAACCUUAUAAGUUGAUGACCAAAAAGGUUUAUAAAACUUCCACAAUGAUGAUGAUGAAGUGAUUUUCCUCAUCGGUGGUUUUUUAGCGUAUCCUGAUCAAGGCAAGUGUUUUCGGGACGAUCUUUGAUCGGUUCUCUUUUCCUACGGAAUGGGGAUCUCAAUGAUUCAGAGAUGAUCCUAGGCUUGUUGAACCUUUAAAAUAUUAGAACAAGAAUGACGCAUUCAAUUUGGAAUAAAAUCUUAAGCAAGGCUUUUCAAAACUCGCUGGAAAUCUCUCUCCUGUAGAUCUUUACAUUCUCGUUGGAAUCCUUUUUUUAUCUUCUUGAAUAUAUUGGAUGAUUCAGCAAAAAUGUAUCUUACUCAAGUCACAUAAUCUCAGUCAUUGCUCAAAAAUUCCAUCUAUGGCAGUAAAAAACAACGGUCUAUCUGCGCCAUUUUGUGGCCAAGCUCAGUCAAAGAUCGAGUCAUACCUUGAGGCUCUCCCUCAGGUUGGUUGGAAAGGUCGUUCAUUGUCAUCCCAAAGGCAGUGACAAUACCGAGACUUGCAAUCUCUCACUUAAAAGACUAGUUGAAUCAAUAAAAUAUGGAAUCAGAAUGAGGCAUUUCAAUCAAUCCUUAGCAAGAUGUCUUAAACCUUGCUGAAAAAUCUCCGAACCGAGCAAGAUGUCUUAUAAGCUAUCCGCGACCUCGGGAAACACCAUAGCCAGGAAUGUGACGAAGACAAACAAUUUAAUUAGCUGGUGAUAAAUAUAGCACGUGACCAGCUUCUGAGCCCAGGUGAGGACUUUACUGUCAGGUUGGUGAAGAACUGCAUCAAUCACUUUCUCAGUCACUGCGAAUCCAAGUGGUCUGUGUACGUAUACUAUUGGAAAGUACGGCCAAUGGUUAACGAGAGUAUUCAUUGAUAUACAUUGUACACGUCAUAUAUCACUGAUCGAGCAUGAAAAUGUUUUAUUAGAAACUGUGAUCCGAAUACAUGAACAUGAUGCAAGGGGUGGUUGACACACUUUCUCAAGAAUGUCACGUUACAACUUGAACGCAUGGCCGCGACGAAGGUCACAACCGAUGCGAUCGUAACGGGUAACGAACCAACGAUUAUUGGAACGCAUGGCCGUGACGAAGGUGGAAAAGUAAAGUGAGGUGCCGUUGAAGGUCACAACCGAUGUGAUCGUUACGGGUAACGAACCAACGAUUAUUGGAAGAUUGGAGUGUUCAGUCGAUGGACAUAGGGAUAUUCAUGAACUUACAAGGUCUGCAUGGGAACAUGCCGCUUGCAGAGCCAUUUAUUGUAGCAAGUAGCGGGCUUUCCCUGGCAAUUACACGCCCGCAUUCCAUUAAUUCCGAUUCCGAGUCCCUCAACAACAUAUUUGGAUUCAAAAAGCGAAACAAGACGUCAAAGGGAAGUGUGUCAUCUCCGAAGAAACAACCUGGGAGAUCUUGGCCGAGUAAGAACAAGCAGACGGAGGACCAUCACCAAGCUCAAAAUGCGGAGUUGUGACGGCCGUUGUGGCAUCUGC